AUGGCGGCUGUCACGAAGGGAGACGGCAAAGAUGCGCCGACCAACCCCCGCGGCAUCCCGUACGCGCCCUUCGUCGACAAGGUCGAGGACUACGUAUCCACACGCGCCGAGGUUGAGGGAACGCUCAAGAGCUUCCAGGAGAUGAUAUCGAAAUACCAGUUCAUGCAACAGAACACCGAACGCCGCACCAUCGGCCUCAAAGACAAGAUCCCUGACAUCCAAAAAACCCUCGACACAGUCCGCUUCCUCCAGACCCGCACGCCCGACUCCGAGCCCAUCGAGACCACCUUCGAGCUGAACGACACGCUGUACGCGAAGGCGCGGAUACCGCCCACGGAAGAGGUUUACCUCUGGCUGGGCGCCAACGUCAUGCUGUCGUACCCAAUACCAGAGGCAGAGUCGUUGCUGGAGUCGAAGCUGAGCGCCGCGCAGUCGAGUCUGUCGAACUGCGAGGAGGAUCUUGAUUUUUUGAGGGAGCAGAUCACGACGCUCGAGGUGGCUACGGCGAGAGUGUAUAAUUGGGAUGUUCAGCAGCGGCGGAAAGAGCGGAUGGAGGCGGAUGGGUCGAUAGGGGAUAUGAGAGGCGCGCCGCCGAAUGGAUAG